AUGGGGAUGGGAAAUGCCUUGACAGGUUGGAUUGCAAAGCCCACUGAGAAGGUAAUGGCCGCUAGUUCUCAUGACAGGAUGAAGAAGGCAUUUAUGGCUGAAAUGAAAGCUGAAAACAUCAAGAAGUUUUUAUACAAUUUCACUCGACUUCCUCACCUAGCGGGAACAGAUGAAAAUCUGCACCUGGCGCAGCAAAUCCAAACCCAGUGGGAGAUAUUUGGAUUGGAUUUGGUUCAGCUGACUCAUUAUGAUGUCCUGUUGUCUUACCCAGAUAAAACAAAUCCCAACUAUAUCUCUAUCAUUGAUGAGCAUGGAAAUGAGAUCUUCAAUACGUCGUUAUUUGAGCCCCCGCCUCCAGGAUAUGAGACUGUUAGAAAUGUUGUGCCACCCUACAGUGCUUUUUCAGCCCAAGGCCUGCCAGAGGGUGAGUUAGUGUACGUCAAUUAUGGCCGCACUGAAGACUUUUUUAAACUGGAGAGAGAGAUGGGAAUCAAUUGUACGGGAAAGAUCGUUAUUGUCAGAUAUGGGAAAAUCUUCAGAGGAAACAAGGUAAUGUGCCCAAUAUAA